GGGGUGGAAGCGCGGGCGCUGCGAGGAGACUAAAAUCCUCCGCGGGCUGCGCAUAUAGUCCCCGGAUAUGGGGGAGUGGAGGCCGGGUCUAUUGUGCGAGUGUAUAGGCGAGAGGGCGGAGGGGAGGGGAGCGAGCCUGGCCCGGCCCUGCGGAAUGAUACCGAGCGGGCAGCUCCCGCCGCCCCACACGGCGCGGCGGACGGGGAGCCCGGCCGGCCCAAGGAACCCCCGACCUGCCCGCAGCGACUCGCCUCCCGCUCGGGGAGCGGCGGUGGCGGCUGCAACGUCCCCUCACCCACGGGAGGGAACCGGUCGCGGCGCAACCGUUGCGUUCGCUUGGCUGCCCCGUCGGUGGGGCUGCCGGCGGAGGAGGGUUUCUCGGCCCAGGCCGGAGGCCUCGGCCUUGCGUUCUUCUUUCUCCCGGCCGUAAUGCGGGCGCUGUGAACGCAGGUCCAUGCAGCGGGUUGGCUGGUGCGGCCGAGGGAAGAGGCCGGGCGGGCUUGCGGCAGCAGGACAGGAAGGGUCCGGGGUUCUUCCGCCGUUCUUUUCCUUCCCCCCGGAUCGCCUCCCCUCCCCCCUGGCCACAUUAACGAGAGCUUCCAAUAAAGGAUGACAAACGAGUGAAAAUCCACUUCUUCCAUGUUUCUGACUACAAGAGGGAAGGCUUUCUUGUUUGAGGUUUUAAAGAACACAUCUGUAGUUGAUAGUGAGAGUAUGUAUAAAAGAAAGAACAGGUUUUCUUCCCUGAACGUGUACUGGUCUGCAUCACACUUUAAAUUUUUGCUUGUAUUUUGGUGUUGCUGAUGCCUAGAGAACACUUAAGGGCAGGACUGGUUUGAUGGGCUUGGGUUUUUUUUUUGACAGCAAUUUGUAGCUGGUGAGUUUUAUGGCUCUUUUGUGUAGUUCAUUCCUGCUCAUGUUACUAGGGAUCUGUGAGCAGUAUCUGAAUAAAGCCCACAAACUGCAAAAAUACAAUGUUUCAGGUAGACCUAGAACCCUCUUCAGUGUCUUCUCUUCCAGCACAAGCAUGUAGCAGUAGAUUAAAAAAAAAUAAAUUAUAUAUUUUAUCUUUUUUUUUUUAAACUAGAUAGAAUGGGGACUGUAAGGGAGUAGGUUUCAAAAAAAUGUUCAAAUACCGUGGCUAUUUCCAUCAUGAAAGCUCAACUAAUUAAUAUUUUCAGUGUAAAUUUGGGAUGUCUGUUUUUCUGAAUGCUUGCAGAUGAGUUCUGGCUCUUCAAGAGGAAUGUGUAGAUGAUGUUCUGACACCGAAUAUAGAGAACGGUCAUUUUCCCUACCAAGUACCUCACUUCCGUAAGUGUGACGUCUGUUUGCUGUCUUUUCCAAAAGAGACCCAGUUCCAGCGCCAUAUGAGGGAUCAUGAGCAAAAUGACAAGCCUCACCGAUGUGACCAGUGUCCGAUGUCAUUUAACGUUGAAUUCAACUUGACACUUCAUAAAUGUACUCACAAUGGUGAAGAUCCUACAUGUCCUGUGUGCAACAAGAAAUUCUCCAGAGUAGCCAGUUUGAAAGCUCAUAUAAUGCUACAUGAGAAAGAAGAGAAUCUUAUCUGCUCAGAGUGUGGAGAUGAAUUUACUUUACAGAGUCAGCUGUCCAUACACAUGGAAGAACAUCGUCAAGAAUUGGCAGGCAAUAGGAUCCACAGCUGCAAGUCUUGCAAAAAGGAAUUUGAAACUUCCUCACAGCUAAAGGAACAUAUGAAAACUCACUAUAAAAUAAGGGUAUCAAAUACCAGAUCUUAUAACAGAAACAUUGAUAGAAGUGGGUUUACCUAUUCCUGUCCGCACUGUGGAAAGACGUUCCAGAAGCCAAGCCAGUUAACACGACAUGUUAGGAUACACACAGGUGAAAGACCUUUUAAAUGCAGUGAAUGUGGAAAAGCCUUUAACCAGAAGGGGGCAUUGCAGACCCACAUGAUCAAGCACACUGGUGAAAAACCCCAUGCUUGUGCCUUUUGUCCUGCAGCCUUUUCUCAAAAAGGCAAUCUUCAGUCACACAUACAGAGAGUUCAUUCAGAGGUGAAGAAUGGCCCUACAUACAACUGUACAGAAUGCAGCUGUGUCUUCAAAAGCUUGGGUAGUUUAAAUACACAUAUCAGCAAGAUGCACAUGGGUGGUCCACAGAAUUCUGCAAGCUCUUCAACAGACGUAUCUCAUGUUACAGCAGACUCUGUCACCCAGCCUCUAACAACAUCCCCUGCUAAUCUUUUGCAACCUGUUGAUAACAAAUGGAAAAAUGCCACACAUUUUCGGUCUCCACUUCUUCAACAGACAGAAAACCAGGUGUCUUCAGCUACUGCUCAUCAGGGUCAGCAGGCCGUAACUGAUGUCAUCCAGCAGCUCCUUGAGUUAUCAGAACCAGGUCCUGUAGAAAAUAACCAGCCGCAACAACCUGUUCAACAACUGAACAUUGCAGUGGGACUCAAUAGAGAUAUUUUACAGCAAGCUUUAGAGAACAGUGGGUUAUCUUCAAUUCCUGUCCCUGCACAUCCUACCGAGUGCAGCCAGGCCAAGACUCCUGGGGCCCAGGAUCAGAACCCAGAUGUCCAGACUCUCUCAAAUCAUCAGGCUGACUCUAAUCAUGCAGAACAAGAUAAGGAGCAAGAGAGUACAGAUAAACUGGAGAAAAAAGAAAAAAAGGUUAUUAAGAAAAAAUCGCCAUUUUUACCUGGUUCUAUACGUGAAGAAAAUGGAAUAAGGUGGCAUGUUUGUCCGUAUUGCUCUAAAGAGUUUAAAAAACCAAGUGAUCUAGUGCGUCACAUUCGCAUUCAUACCCAUGAGAAGCCAUUCAAGUGUCCCCAGUGUUUCCGCGCCUUUGCCGUUAAGAGUACUCUCACAGCACACAUAAAAACACAUACUGGCAUUAAAGCUUUCAAGUGCCAAUUUUGUAUGAAAUGCUUUUCCACCUCAGGGAGUUUAAAAGUUCAUAUUCGUCUGCAUACAGGUGUUAGGCCUUUUGCUUGUCCUCACUGUGACAAAAAGUUUAGAACAUCAGGCCACCGGAAAACUCAUAUUGCUUCACAUUUUAAACAUACUGAACUAAGAAAGCUGCGACAUCAGCGUAAACCUGCAAAAGUUCGAGUAGGAAAGACAAGUGUUCCAGUACCAGACAUUCCUUUGCAAGAGCCCAUACUCAUAACUGAUCUAGGUCUUAUCCAGCCAAUCCCAAGGAAUAGCCAGUUCUUCCAAAAUUAUUUUAACAACAAUUUUGUGAAUGAUGCAGACAGACCAUACAAAUGUUUUUAUUGCCAUCGGGCUUAUAAAAAAUCUUGUCAUCUUAAACAACACAUCAGGUCACAUACUGGUGAAAAGCCAUUUAAGUGCUCUCAGUGUGGAAGAGGUUUUGUGUCAGCUGGAGUUCUGAAGGCACAUAUUAGAACACACACUGGAUUGAAAGCUUUUAAGUGUCUUAUAUGCAACGGGGCCUUCACUACUGGUGGUAGCCUCAGGCGACAUAUGGGGAUCCACAAUGACCUUCGGCCGUAUAUGUGUCCAUAUUGUCAAAAAACUUUCAAAACAUCACUAAACUGUAAAAAACACAUGAAGACUCAUAGAUAUGAACUUGCACAGCAACUUCAGCAGCAUCAGCAGUCUACUACAAUAGAUGAUUCUACAGUAGAUCAGCAGAGCAUUCAUGUUUCUACACAGAUGCAAGUGGAGAUUGAAAGUGAUGAGCUACAGCAGCCAGAAGCUGUGGCAACAGAUCAACAGGCUAUUUUAGAGUUAGACCAGCAGCCAGUAGUAGGCACGGAAGAAACAGCACUAGAACAACAAUUGGCUGAUCAGCCUUUAGAGCAAGAUGAGGUUUCAGAUAGAUUUGUGACAUCCCAAAAUGCUCUACAGGAAAACAUCACUCAGUUUGAACAACAAGCUAUAACACAGCAGCCGUUUGAUCAACAGGGCUUAUCACAAGGUUUUACAGUGAAUGACACCUACAAUCAACAGACUCAAUUUCCAGCUGUACAGCAGCUGCAGGAUUCAAGCACACUUGAAUCUCAGGCUCUUUCAACGAGUUACCAUCCACCAGCCCUUCUUCAGGUUCCAAAUACAGAUACUAUUAACGUAACUACUCGCUUGAUACAAGAUCAGUCGUCACAAGAAGAACUUGAAUUGCAUACCCAACGGCCUCAUUUUCUUGAGGAUAAUGAAGAUCAAAGCAGGCGUUCAUAUAGAUGUGAAUAUUGCAACAAGGGUUUUAAGAAAUCCAGCCAUUUGAAGCAACAUGUGCGAUCACAUACUGGUGAGAAACCUUAUAAAUGCCAACUCUGUGGCCGUGGCUUUGUUUCCUCAGGAGUUCUUAAGUCACAUGAGAAAACUCAUACAGGAGUUAAAGCAUUCAGCUGUAGCAUUUGCAAUACCUCCUUCACAACUAAUGGCAGCCUUACCAGGCACAUGGCAACUCACAUGAGCAUGAAGCCUUACAAGUGCCCAUUCUGUGAUGAAAGCUUUCGAACAACUGUUCACUGCAAAAAACAUAUGAAAAAACAUCAGGCAGUCUCCUCAGCUGUAGCAGCAGCUACAGAAACAGAAGGGGGAGUUGCGUGUGUUGAAGAUGAUGAUGAAAACUCUGAAAGAACUUCCAGAAAAUCUCGUCCUGGUGUCAUAACUUUUACAGAAGAAGAAACGGCAGAAUUGGCAAAGAUUAGACCUCGAGAAAGUGCCACUGUCUCAGAAAAAGUUCUUGUCCAGUCUGCUGCAGAGAAAGACAGAAUUAGUGAGAUCAAAGAUAAACAAGCAGAACUGGAAGCAGAGCCCAAAUAUGCCAACUGUUGUAGUUAUUGCCCCAAAAGCUUUAAAAAACCCAGUGAUUUAGUCAGGCAUGUUCGUAUCCAUACUGGAGAGAAGCCGUAUAAGUGUGAUGAAUGCGGAAAGAGUUUCACUGUGAAAUCCACUCUGGAUUGUCAUGUUAAAACGCACACAGGCCAAAAGCUCUUCAGUUGUCAUGUAUGCAGUAAUUCCUUUUCUACAAAAGGGAGUCUAAAAGUCCACAUGCGUCUGCAUACAGGAGCAAAGCCCUUUAAAUGUCCGCACUGUGAUUUACGGUUUCGUACUUCAGGGCGCAGAAAAACCCACAUACAGUGUCAUUAUAAAACAGAGACAAAGAAAGUUAGGAAGCCUGUCACCCGUACUUCAGCUGAGGGACUACAACCAGUCAAUCUUCUUAAUUCAGUCUCGACAGACCCUAAUGUUUUCAUCAUGAACAAUUCCGUUUUGACGAGCCAGUUUGAUCAAAAUUUACUUCAACAAGGACUUGUGGGCCAGGCUAUCCUGCCUGCUUCAGUGUCAGCUGGAGGUGACUUAACUGUGUCCUUGACAGAUGGUAGCUUGGCCACUCUUGAAGGAAUACAAUUACAACUUGCUGCUAAUCUGGUUGGACAAAAUGUUCAAAUUUCUGGAAUAGAUGCUACCAGUAUUAACAACAUAACCUUACAGAUCGACCCAAGUCUCCUACAGCAGACGUUACAGCAGAGCAAUUUACUUGCUCAGCAGCUGACUGGAGAUCCCAGUAUGGCUCCGCAGAACCCUUCCCUCCAGGCAGCAGAGAACGCAGUGCCAGCUAAUGUGGUUAUUCAGCCCAUAUCAGGCCUGUCUUUGCAACCCACAGUAACGUCAGCUGCUAACAUGACAAUAGGAUCCUUAUCUGAGCAAGAGUCUGUGCUGACAACCAGUGCUGGUGGUGCACAAGACAUCUCUCAAGUCAUGACUUCACAGGGUAUGGUAUCAUCUUCAAAUGGACAACAUGAGAUAACAUUGACCAUCAAUAAUUCCAGUUUGAGUCAAGUUCUAGCUCAUGCUUCGGGUUCUACUACUGCAAACUCAUCAGGAAGUCCUCAAGAAAUCACUCUUACAAUAUCUGGCCAAGAUCUUAUUCAGCAUAAUUCUGGAAGCAGUGAUCUGAAUAGUGGCUUGAGGCUGACAGCGCCAACCAUCAACAGUCAGACUACAGGUGCUACAUUAACUAUAAGCAACGACCAGCUUCUUUCUCAGGGAACUUCACUAAAUGCUCCAGAACUUAAUACAACAAGUGGAACAAACCUUCCUUCAACAACACCUAUAUCUCAGUCUGCGGUUUCUGCCCAGAAUUUGGUAAUGUCUUCAUCAGGAGUUGGAGGAGAUGGUAGUGUCACCUUAACUCUUGCUGACACUCAGGGAAUGUUGUCAGGUGGUCUUGAUGCAGUUACGCUUAAUAUCACUUCACAGGGUCAGCAGUUCCCUGCCAUACUCACAGAUUCCAGUCUCGCCAGCCAAAGUGGCUCAGGCUCACAGCAAGUCAUACUGGUGAGCCAUACACCCCACUCGGCAUCUGCAAACUCUGAUGAAAUAACAUAUCAGGUGGCAGAGGUUUCUCCUAAUGUGAGUAAAAGCGGUCAAACAGAAAAAGAAGGUCGCAUGCACCAGUGUUUUGAGUGUAGUCAAACCUUUUCUUCAGCCACCAUGUUGAUGCACCACAGUAAAGAGGUUCAUGGCAAGGAGAGAAUACAUGUUUGCCAUGUCUGCAAUAAAGCCUUCAAACGGGCAACACAUCUCAAGGAACACAUGCAAACCCAUCAAGCUGGACCUUCACUGAGUUCCCAGAAGCCUAGAGUGUUUAAGUGUGAUACUUGUGAGAAAGCUUUUGCUAAGCCAAGUCAGCUGGAGAGACAUAGUCGCAUCCACACAGGGGAACGGCCAUUUCAGUGUACUCUAUGUGAAAAGGCUUUUAACCAGAAGAGUGCUCUUCAAGUCCACAUGAAAAAGCACACAGGAGAGAGGCCUUAUAAAUGUGAUUACUGUGCAAUGGGAUUUACACAGAAAAGCAAUAUGAAACUGCAUAUGAAACGGGCUCAUGGUUACACUGGUCCUGUACAAGAGCCUGCUAGUCAUCAAGAACAAGAAGGGGAAGAUAUUAGUCGUGCUCUGAAUUUAGAAGAAGUGGUACAAGAAUCUUCAAAUGAAUGGCAAAGUAUAGGCAAUGUUUUUCGAUGACACCUUAAAAUUUGAAAGCUAAAAAUGUUCCUGGGACUCGAAUUUCUCUAAACAAGUUUUCAGAAAAGUAAAAGAUGGAUUUUACAGUUAAACUGCAAGCAUUGAAAAUAUUAACAAUAGAAUAAUAUAUUAUAGUUUUUUUAAUUAUUUACAAAAAUUACCUAAAAGAAUCAUUCUUUUUUUAAGCUUGUAGAAGAAUAUUGGGAAAGCAUCCUUUAAUCUGUGCUAAGUUGUCUGUGAAUCAAUGAACUCAGGUAAUACUGUAUACAGUUUCAUCUUCUAAUUCACAGCCAGUAUAUCUAUUUGAAAAAUAAACUGGAACUUUAUGUCAGAAUAGAAUGCUACCCAUUUUUAAAGGAGGUGAAGAAUAACUCCCUGGGAAACCCAUGAAAAUCUGUCGGUCAGCUUUCUUUUUUACGUGUUUGAAGAAAUAACUGAGGUUGGAAACAAAAUGUUGCGGAGUAGAUGCAUGCAGUAUGAAAUCGGUUUGGUUUUUGCAAGGCACAGGAAAAAGCUAUGUUUCUGUUUCAAGCUUUUUUAGUACAUUUUGAGAAUUUGUUGAAAAAAAUAAAAUGCCGUGAACUUACGGCUUUUCUGGAGUUAAACUCUUGAGAGGGAGCAUGUUCAUUUCCAUUCCAACCACAGAGGCAGUUAGUUGUUAAUUUUUACUUUAAAAGUCUGAGGUUUUAAACUCAGCAAUAAUUAUUUAAAGAGAAUCCAAACUAGAAGAGGUUCCAAUGAGAGCUGCUUCUUUUAUGUUUGCUGUAUUGGAUCAGCAGGUACAUAUCUCAGUAUCUGUGAAAAACACAGCCAUAUAAUAAAUCGGGGAAGUAAACUUGCAAUUUUGUGUUAGCAGCGAGAAACGUAGAUGCACACUAGGUCACCUAUUUUAUACCAUAUUCCCCAGUGCUGUAAACAGUUAUCAUUUCAAAUCUGUAAAUUCCUCAUUAUUUUCUUUGUGAAUUUUGGAAAUACGUUACUUUCAUUUGUUGUUGUUUGAGUCAUUGUUUCAGCAAAACUACCUAGUUGACUUAAGUAAUGCUUUCAAAGGUGCCACUUGUUAAGUAUAUUCAUAGCAAAGAAACACUGGAGUAAAACCAUGGUCAUCUUUUAGACAUUCCAAAGACAGAAGCUCUUUUCUUAUUUUUACCUUGUUCUUUUGAAUUUUAUUUAUAUGUUACAUAUAUAUAUAGAUAUAUAUAUGUGUGCUUGUAUGUAUAUAUAUAUAUAUUUAAAGUUAUAUGAGCCUCUGUGUGGCUGAUCAGUAUAUUUUGUAAAUACUAAUCUCAGUUGCAGGAAGCUCGUCUUUUUGGUUUGCCUCAAGUACUUCUAGAUCAGUGAUGGGUUUGUUGUACUAUAAUACAGAGCUGGAUUUUAAUUUCCCUUCUGAAAGCUAAUUCUGAAAGCUCUCAGACCCAAAAAGCCCUUUUCUGUAAAUAUUGUCUAUACUUUGUCUAUGAUACAAACUAGUCAUUUCAGAUUGCUGAAGCAAGAAAUCAUUGUUGGUUUUGAUAGGGCAUCUCUUAAUUCUUUUGUUAACUCUUUGGCAUAUGUAUAUAAGUAAUAUAGUUGGUGACAUGAAAAUAACACUUUUGUUAUGUGGAAUAUUUAAUUCAAAAACAUGUUAAAUAAUAUUACUUUUUUCCAAAUUCUGUUUUGUGUAUUUUUUAAGCAUUUGAUUCUGGAUUCUAGGAAGUUCCAAAAACUCCAUAUACCAGAAGUGCGUCUCUCAGUAUUACAUUUCAAGAAUAUUUGUGAAGUGCCUUUCCUUUCAGACAGGCUGUUAGUGUUUCAGCUGUUUAAGACAGCCUUUCUAUUUUACAGUUGUCUGAAGGCAUAGUGCCCCCGUGAUGUAGUGCUCUGUUAAUCUGUAAGAAUAUAGAAAAAUGUUCUGUGUUGCAUGUACCACGUGUAAAAGCUUUUCCCUGUUCUGUCAGAGCACACUGUAUAAAUGCACAGCAAAGUUUGUGCGAGUUGAUUGGCAGCAUAGGGGACAACACUUUCCAGAGGUUGCCCAAUCCAGUUUGACAGAAGAUGAUUUACAGCUGCUCACAUCCAGAUGUAAAUCCAUCAUUCAUAACGGGAACGUGAUUGCCGAAUGCUUGAAAGGGUUUAGUCUGCUCUAGCUGUGAUUGAUUGCUUUGCCAGCAAGUGACAACUGGUAGUGGUUGACGCUCCAUGAAAAUGUGCUGAAAGCGCAUCUCCCAACAAAAAGAUGUUUUUAAAUGACCACUUCUCAAAGUGUUACGUCUUGAUUAGACAGAGGCGAUGAGCCUGUGUUGUAAGUCUUUAAAGUGUUACAUAAGCAGCGUGAGUUAUGCAGUCACCUGACAUUUUCUUGAAUUCAGUUUGGAGUCCUGUCCUUUUUGUAACACGGUGUUUGAUUUGCUUCCCUGCAUCUUCCUCCCCCAUGGACUUCAAGCAUUCACUCAUGAGUCUCCUGAGAUAGAAGUUUUUGUAGCCCAGGUUCCUUGCUAAGAAUGAGUGGGAGAUUUUCGAAGCAGAGUGUUUGUUGAUGUUCAGUGCAAAUACAGACACUGUAACCAAUAUGUUGAUAUUUUCAAAAGCAAUGUUGAAAUAGAUGCAUUGUUUUAGGAAGCAGAAAGAAUUUGUGUUCCAGGGCCUGUUUGAAGAGCCUUGUGUAGUGGGUAAGUGAAUAGUGCUUAGGAAUGGCUCUGUUCUGUCUGGUUUGAUGCAGUAGAAGGCUCACUCCAGCCUCAGGCCUUUUGGCUCGUGUCUGCUCGAGUGUUUCUUUUGGUGUGUGGCCAUUCCUUCAGUACAAGAAAUGACACACUCCUCGUACUGGUUGUGUGUUCUUAUUUCAGGAAAAAUCCUUUACUUGCAAAUCAAGUAGCCUCUUAAACAUGUUUUUCAGCAAAACUAUUACCAAGUAAUUAAAAGAAUAAUUUCAAAGUUUUAAUCUCUUUUAAGAGACUCAUGUUGGUAAAAUAAUGGUUUAAAGUACCACACAUUCUAUAGGAAGUAAAUCAAAAAAAGCCAUUUCCAGGUGACUGAGGAGAAAACAGAAUGUUGAAGAUAAGGAAGAAGCUUUGGAUUAGUUCUGCAGUUCUGCAGUGGAGUAUUUUAAAAGAUGUAUAUAUAUAUCUGUAUAUUUUUUUUACCUUUAAUAUUCUUUCCUAUUUGUGAAGGCUGCUUUAAAAAACAACUUGAUUUUCACAUGCUCUGUUCAAAGAAGAUACUUAGUGCUAUACUUGUUGGUGAGAUUUAAUUGCAUGUACGUAGACUUUCUGUGGCUUGCAAUAUCCCUCAGCCUUUAGCUGCCACUCCACAAAGACACUGGCAUCCCAUAAAUCCUGUGUCAUGUUAUCAGCCAUGUGGGCCAUACUGAGUCACCAGCAAUGUCACCAGAAGCCUGUCCUGGGUCCCAAAGUGUCACUCUCCAGUGUCUGAACAUUGUUCAUAAACCAUGAGAAAUCCCCAGAGAACUUUAUAUAUAUGAUCUUCUCUGUUGUAAAAGACAAAACUGGUCCAAGUUUCAUUUCAAGUUGAUUACUUUAUUUCAAUAAUGAAUAUUUUUAAAAGCUGUGUUCCUAUAAGAACAAUACAUAUUCAAAUUAAAUCAACUAUUAUGUUGCAGAGUAUACAUCUGAAUGAAGCUACAAUAGAAAAAUACACAUAGCAACCAAUGUAGGUAAUAGAAGAUGUAAUACGUGUGUGUAUGCUUAAUAAUUUUGGUGUUGUUUUUUUUUUUCUUUAGUCUCUAUGUAUUUUCUAUCCUCUCAUCUUUCAUUGCUUCAUAUUAAUGGACACUGAUUUAAACCUACAAUAGACUUAGAUGUGAAAUGCAAUUAACAUACAUAUAUUUAUAGGUAACUUUUACUGGGCGCUUAUUAGGAAUGCAGUUUCAACCUGGGUAGCAAUAACUAUAGUCUACAAUGCAUAGGCUAAAACUGAAACAAAAAAAAAAUUAAUCAGACACUUAGAUGACAGCUUGAAGAAAUGGUAAGUUUAAGUAAUACAACAGUGCAAUUCAGAAGAGCCUUUUAUUUCCCUAAGUGUGUCUGGAAAUACCAUCGCCACACGUUCAUUUUAGUAAUUUGUGAAUAAUUAAUAUCUAAAUCUAACUCAGCUAUAAUUUAUUUCUAUAAGGCAACUACAGUACAACAGUUAAAUGUUCACAGUAGUUUACUAUGAGUUUGCUUUGGUGCACUGCCCUUAAUAGGCAUCCAGAUGUUACUUGGGUAAAAGAUGAGCCGAUCCAAUAUAACACUGCUACAAUACCAAGAGAAAGAUCUGAAAUUCUGAUGCAAGAUGUGCAGGACUAUCUGAAAUACCAGUACUGAAGGGCUCUCUUUCAGAAAUUAGACUUAUUUGUUCAUGUAUAUUUACUUAUUUACUGUACUGCAAAGUUAAUGCUGUUGCAGCAGAGUUGGUGUGAAGCACCAGUGAUGUCCAGUGGUCACUCGUGCAAUCUUAGAUGUUUCUUCUCUGGGAAUAUCCCUUGUUUCUUAACAUUAGUCUAACUCAAAUUUUAAAUCCUCUUUCUCUCCCUCAUCUACUCUUUAUUCUAAUGGUUUGGAUGCAAUGAGCAAUUCAUGGUAUAGAAAUAAUUUCCUUAUUGCUAUUGCUCUGCAUCGUAUUGAUUCUACAACAUCUGCCCCCUCCCACACUUCACAUACCUUGAACUCCCAAUGUUUGGUAAGCCUUUCCAUGACUGCCUAAUCCUGUUAUGAAAAUAGAUUAUUCUGUGAGUGAGAGAAGGAAGAUUAAAACAAAACAAAAAAAAAAA